AUGUCUCCCCGUCGGUCUCGUCUUUCCGGGAGUCACCCUUGCUCGCAGCAUGGCGUGGAGGAGGCUCCUACGACAUCAUCUCCAGUGACCUCUUGCUUUGGGGUUGAGUUUCCCGGGGGUAGUCUCCCUCAUCAUGCCCCUACCGGUUGUAGUAGGGAAGUGUUUUCUUCGGCUUCUGCCAGGCAGAUCAUCGAUCCCCUUCCGCAGUUCGACAGAGAUCGCUCAGACGAGUUCUGUCGCUUGAUAAAGGAUGGAGGGCGUCACUGUUUACGCCAACUUAUCACCGAUGCUCCUCUCACCGCAGACGCCACUUCUACUGAAGCUUUAAAGAAGCCGGGUUUUCUAUUCGGGGAUCGCACCGAAGAUCCUGCCGCGCUGACUCUUGCUGAGGAGCACUGGCUUACCCUUGACGAGGGAGCUCUUUUAUAUAUCCCCUCUAUUCCUCGCCAGUGCUCUUUUACUGACUUGGAGAAACAGGCUGUGGGGCGACAGAUGUCCUGGCCUCUUACCAAUGCUGUUACACACGUUCAGUGCGGAUACAUUUCUCAUCACAAGAGUCCCGGUUCUCUGGGGUAUCAAUCCAUUUGUGGCCUUCGACCCGGGAUCAUGGGUCUUGACACUGCACCUCCAGGCGAGGUAUCGGCGGCCGCUCUCACCGUGAGGAAUCGUUUAGCUCAUCUGGGAAGACAAUUACCUCGACUGGAUUACCGAUGUUAUGGUUGGGCUUCCUCACUGGCUAAGGGAUGGUGGACCCGUUUGACCAGUUAUGUUCUGGGACGCUGGGAGAGAGACUUGAAGGGUAGUGGAUUAUAUACGCCCAUACGGGCUACUAUGUAUGGACUUCCCGUUAGCUGCCGUCACUUCUUGGCAUUGCUCGAGACAUAUAUGCCUGAUAGUAAUACCUUCUUGACCAGUGGCGGAGAGCUAGGGUUGGCUCUUCAUGAGAUGCACCAGGUUUCCGGGCUUUCGAUGGGAGAUUGCCCGUAUCAGGAAUACUUCCCUUCUAACCAACAGUUGGAGUGUUUGAAGAAGGAUACUCCCGAUGUGUAUGACACUCUCUGGGACCUCACCUGUCAUUAUCACACCUGUUUGCUCCAGAGUUCUCCUCCAGCGAAGACGAAGAGGAAGAUCAGCUUGAAGCAGUUUGCUGUUUACCUGUUUCCUAACUUGGAGGAUGAUUCCGAGGAGUCCAUACAUGAGUUAGGCGUUUUGCCCCCUGCCGCUAUUAAUGAGCUGAUGGAGAAGAAUGAAACUCAUUCUUAUACCAUUGCUAGUGCCGAGGGGGCUUUUCCGGCCGGGACUAAGUUUCGAUCGUUCCUCUAUCAUGCCCAGAAGUCUAUCGAUCCUCGGUCUCUGUUAGCUGGCUACCUUGCUCUUUGGCUGAAGAAGUGUGUUGUUCCAUAUCAGUCUUCAGACGCUCUACCCCUCGAGGUGCUCUUCCCUGCGGUCCAGCUAGCUUAUGGGAGGGAGCUUUCUCUGCUUCCAGCGAUGGUUGCCAGCAUCCAUUGCGGGCUUAGGGGUGUAGUUCGUGUUCUUACCCAAGUGGGUUCUAAACCCUCGACUGAGCUUACCUGCCCGAAGGUUGAGCUGCCCUACGCUUAUUUGAUGGCGUGGUUCGUUCUUCACCGUCCGGACUUGAUGUCGGCGCCCAGCGCCGUUGAUGUUCCCGUUCCUUUCCUACAGCUGUUGGAGGAGAGUAGAUGGGUUGGGAAGAAAUUUGAAGAUGUACAAAAAGAACUUCGAGUUCGCAGGAACUGGGAGUUCUUCAAAUGCUUCCCUCGCUUUUCGGGACGUUAUGGCGAGGAGUUGACUGAUAUGGAGAAACCCCGAACUAACCGGACUGCUCUCGACGUCGGUUGUUUCCGCUGGUUGGUGAACAUCCGAGUCGGGUAUCUUGUUCUCCGGGUGAAGGACCGCUGCCACAUAGAGCCUUACCUUCCCUGCCGUUUCGCACGUCAGUUUGGCUAUGACCAACUAUACGUUGGGAAUCCGAGUCGUAGUUUGCGUGUUGAGGGAGGACUCGUUGACGGCGUACGGGCGUGGUUAUGGACCAUGGUUGGCUGCACCGGGGCUCAGUUUGCUCUUCCCUCCUAUAAACGCAAUCCAAUGAUUACCUUCCUCAGCUGUAAAUGGUUCCUCUCUGCCGAUGAAUCCAUAAGUGUGAGGAGUCUUUCGGAACUAGAAUCCGAUCACUUGGUUCAAUCUGCUAUGAUGGCUGCUCGCAGGGCUGAGCCUGCUCAGAGACAGAGGAAGAAGCCCACCGGAAUUCCCGAAGGGGAGUAUGCAGAUAUAGAUACCGACCAAGCAGAACUUGAUACAGGUGGGGUAGCUGACGACCAUGGGUCGCUCGCUUCCCGUCGUGCGAAAUCCAAGUUUGGUGGCCAAACUUCGCAUGACCGCCCCGUUGGUUCUAUGAGGGGUGAUCCUUCGAAAAGGAAAAAGAUUGCCCAUAAACCUCAUGUUGAUCAGCGCUCCCAUGGGGUAGAUUCAGGAGGCUUUGCCGACGGGGAGGAAGGGUUCUUCGAGGAGGGUGAGCUUCCGCCAGGUCCGGUAUUCUCUGGGGCUGACAACAUGGACUGCUUCAUGCAGCAGGUGUGCGACGCCCUUCGUGAGUGA